AUGAGUCCUCUAAAGAUACACCGCUUUGUUUGCAUUUGGAGCAAGACUAGGCUAACUAAAGAGAGGGAAGCUCUUGUGGAAACAGUGGGAGAGAAGGAAAUCAGCCUGGCAGUCAUCUCCAACUCUGAAGGAUUUAUCCGGGUUCUUCAGCUCAGUAACAGUAUUACAAGUGUGGGCGUUACACAUCGUGGAGAGAGACAAAGCUGUCUGCAUUUAACUCUGCAAAACAACAGCUGGUUGUUCACUGACCAAUUGUCCUACAGGGAUGCCGAACAGUCAAAGGCCUUCCUGGACACGGUCUGUCAAAACAAACCCCAGUCACCCAUGAAACACAAUCGUGAUUGGGGUGUUUUUGGUGGGAGGAAGACACAGAAGGAAAUGGACAAAACUCCAUCUCACCAAGUCCGUGACAAGCCCCGGUCCCUGAAAAGUAACCCUGAACUAAGCAAGAAAUUGAAGACAGAUUCCUUUGAGUAUACAGAAAGUAACAAGGAUGAACCAUUGCAUUCAGAAGGUUUGGAGUUUCCAUCGGAACAAAUAUAUAGCCAUGAUGACCUAAGAUGGGAUGACCUUGACACUCACCCAGAACAAUUCUGGCAAGGGUUCCCCAACCUGAGGAACACCUGUUACAUGAAUGCAAUUUUACAGUCACUGUUUGUGAUUCCCUCAUUUGCUGAUGACUUACUCAUGAAGGGCAUAUCGUGGAAGAAAAUUCCCUUUGAUGCUUUUACUAGGUGGCUGACCCAGCUGCUUGCUUUAAAAGAUAUUUCUAACCUGGAGGGCAAGAAAGAGCUGCUUGUCAAUAUUAAAAUUGCUAUUUCAGCUGUUGCAGAGACCUUCUCCGGCGACGUGCAGAACAAUGCUUAAGAGUUUUUAGGGUCCUGCUUGCAGCUGAAAAAAGACAUGGAAAAAUUAAACAUUGCUUUGAAGACUGACAGGGAAACUGGGGACAGAAAUUCAUCUUCGCAGAUGUAUACAGAUAACACUGCCUGCCAGACAUUUGUUUGUCCCGUUGUGGCUAACUUUGAGUUUGAAUUGCAGCACUCCAUUACCUGUAAAGCCUGUGGACAGGUCAUUCUCAAGAUGGAGCCAAGUCAUUAUCUUUCUAUCAACCCUCCCCAAGAAACAAAACUACAACCGUCCUCUAUUCAGAAUUCUUUUGAUCUUUCCUUUAGGGCAGAAGACCUCGAGUACGGCUGUAACAAAUGCACCCACGAGACAGCUGUUGCAAUGCACAGAUUCAAUAAGCUCCCCAGAGUGCUCAUCGUCCAUCUGAAACGCUAUGGCUUUAACGAUGCUUGGUUGCUGGUGAAGAAUAACCAACCGGUUGCUAUUCCUAAAUUUUUAAGCUCAUGUUCUCAUUGCAGUGAGAGCACCAAGUUACCAUUUCCUACUGCCAGUAACAGACCUCCCAGGGACUCCAAGAUGCUAGAAGUCUCUCCAGAGAUGGUUUCUGAGAUCCUCGCCCCAUUGUCACCUUCGGAGAAGUUGCUCUCAGAAUCCAGCGAUUCCUUGGCAAAGAAUGCUGGACCACCAACAUUCCAGAAGAUCGUUGAAGGGUCAAGCCAAGAACAGCAGCAGAGAGACCUGGAAAACGAGUCUCCCAAAGAGCCCGAACAGCUGCGGAAGCUCUUCAUCGGAGGACUGAGCUCUGAAACAACCGAUGAGAGUCUGAGGAGCCAUUCUGAGCGAUGGGGAACGCUCACAGACUGUGUGGUAAUGAGGGGUCCAGACGCCAAGCGCUCCAGAGGCUUCGGGUUUGUCACAUACGCCGCGGUGGAGGAGGUGGAUGCGGCCAUGAAUGCAAGGCCACACAAGGUGGACGGGAGUUGUGGAACCAAAGAGGGCCGUGUCAAGGGAAGAUUCUCAAAGGCCUGGAUUCCAGAAAGAUCUCAAGGCAUGGCUGAACAACUGCAGCAGCACAAUUGGAAAAGAAUCAUCGAGGAAUUCUCCCAACAGGAAUCACCUCCAAGCAUUAGGGAGCUGGGUGCCCAGGAACACAUAGCAGAGGACUUCCAGGAGCAUCAGAAAGAUGAUAACAGGGACUCCCUCACUGCUUUGGGUGCUGACAUGAACCCUGGAAUUUUAGACAGGAAGGACACAGAAACUGAAGCCGGGGUGAAAGGAAACACCGAGCGGCUCAUCCGUGUCAUCAGCCAUCUCAGGAGCCCCCCAGAUUCAGGCCAGCACAUCAGCGAUGCUUACGACUUUCAGAAGCAGGCCUGGUUCACAUACCAUGACCUAGUAGUAUCAGAAAUCCAAGAGUCCGUAAUGCAGGAGGCUAGGCCUCACACUGGGUAUAUCUUCUUUUAUAUGCACGAUGAGAUCUUUCAGGCGCUGUUGAGAAAGGCAAGGAACUCUCACUUAGAGUGGAGAUAG